AUUCAAACAAUGCAUCAAUUCAAAUGUCACACAUUUGGCUAAUUUUAACAUUGUCCACGAUGUUCACUGUGCUUGUCCUGGGAGGCGGAAGUGACACAUCAAAAGAUUGUGAAGAUUUAAAGAAGAAGCUUGAAGGCUUGCUCCGUAAUACAGGUGAUUGCAAGCGUACCGCUGGCCUAGCAGAAACUGAUGACCAGCGAAAAGGAAGUACAGAUAAGCUUCCGGGCUGCAAAAACGUGACUUACUUAGAAGAAUUGAGUGGUUAUAAGGCCAAGAGUAAGAAGUAAAAAUCGUGUGCGCUACAUGCUCAAAAUGGUCAUUUUUCAUGUUUGUCGAAUACUGUCAUAACAAUAAUAAUAUCAUCUUCAACAUAAAUAUGUAUUGCAUCUUUAAUCAGUAUUUUACGACUUAAAAAAGUGUAUUCCAUAAAGACAUAUGUUUUUAUUCAGUACAACGUCUGAAAUAAAUUGUUGUUUCUAUUUC